GUUGGCGCAACGAAUUCAUUUGAAAGGACGCCGAAUCAGAUGAGAAAUAUUCGCUUGAGAAGGAGUGCGUCGACGUCUAUGACGGAAUCUAAGAGGAAUGCAAUUCAGGACGCCCUGGGCAACGCCUUAUCAGACGACACAAACAAUCGACCGACUUUGGUAGAAAGCACACAAACACUCAGCCAGAAAGAGCCGUACAGUCCUUGGAAAUUGAUGAAUGGCCUAGCAGCUUCCACCCUACCAAGCACAAGCGUCAGUUUAGACAGCAGCAGUAGCUAUCCACGCGGGCGGGCGCAAUCAGACGCCAAAACCCAACUUAGAGACCUCGAGAAGACGUCAAGCUGGUCAGAUAGCUGGCGGGAUUGGUUAACGGGGAAUACGAAAGAGCAAGACAGAUAUCUGAAUAAGGCGGACCGCAGUAUCGAACACGAUAAAGGUGACCUCAAAUCUAAGUAUGAAAUACCCAAAAACCCGCUUGUUUUCUGCCAUGGUUUACUUGGUUUUGAUUUGAUAGGACCUACGAAUAUACCCGCUCUUCAGAUAUCUCAUUGGCGGGGCAUAAGCGAAGUCCUGGAGGAGAAUGGUGUAGAGGUGCUCAUCACGCGUGUGCCAGCCACAUCAUCAGUCGAGGAUAGGGCAAAGGUACUUGAUGAGCAGAUUGCGAAGUAUCUUCCUGGUCGAGACAUUAACCUUGUUGCACAUUCAAUGGGUGGUUUAGAUUGUCGGCAUUUGGCUACUCAUAUGAACCCAAUUCGCUACAAUAUUGUGUCAAUUACAACAAUCAGCACUCCUCAUCAGGGUUCCAGCUUUGCGGAUUAUAUGAUUGACGAUGUAAUUGGUAGACACCGUCUACCGGGCUUGCUGUCGAAUCUUCCAAAUAGAGUGGUACCUCUUUUUAGCGGCGACGGCAAGGCUUUCGAAGGUCUCACUACGAAAUCCAUGACAAGGUUCAAUGAACAGACCCCUGAUCUUCCGACCAUCAAAUAUUUCAGUUAUGCUGCUAGGCAUGACCCUGGUAUGUUUGAUACCUGGCGAUAUCCAUGGAGUAUCAUAGUCGAACGUGAAGGCGAAAAUGAUGGACUUGUCUCAGUCAAAAGUGCGCGCUGGGGUACUUUCAUGGGUACUAUCGAUGGGGCAAAUCACCUCGAUCUUGUAGGAUGGGUCAACCACGCUCGCUUCGCAUGGGCAGAGUUCACUGGUAGGGCAAUCAAAUAUAAACCAGCAACAUUUUACAUGGAAAUCGCUGACAAUCUCGCCAAGAAUGGACUGUAGUUACUACCCGCGGAUCUAAAUUAUAAAAAAUACCACACUGGC